AGACGCCGGGUGCUAACAUAAAGAACCAGAAUGGAAAGACAAAUAUUUAGAUUAUAAGGCUGGCAAGAAGCAUAUCAAAGCCAUCUCAAGAGCAAUAAACAAGACCCAUGGAACACCAAUAGGUGUGGGAAAAAAGGGUGAGCCUUUACCCCACGAGGUGACCCCUCGACCUGGACGAUUCUCUCGUCAACAUACUGGAGGCACCGAGACAGUAGUUGAGAAUGAGAUUGAGUCUCUACAAGGAAGUCCCAAACACAUAGGACAGACAUCCCGACCGACGCCUAUUCCCGCCCGGACGGAACGUCAAUCCUUGACGACGUCGCCGGGAAACGGGGGCCAAUAUGGCAGCUUCGUGUCUACACCACCUCCAACGAUGGAGAGUUGGAAUUUGUUCGAAUUGCCAGAUCCUGCAUUGGGCGACCCUGCGAUCCCAAUCGAGCAAUCGCCAUCUCGACCUACGGACGCGCUUCAGAAGUCCGUCAGCCGACAGCCUGUAAACCGCAGAAUGUCCGCGCCAAGAGGCCCUUCACAAUCAGCUUCUCAUGUCCGCCAAGGUUCUAUGCCCCAACAUGAUGCGUCUCCUGGCAAACUGCGACGUAUGUUCUCAACCGGUCCACAUCUUACCCAGCGUCUCAAUAAGACUGAGAGCUUUAAGUUCGGCGCUAGCUUGGAGGCGAUUGAAACGAUUCGGCAGCGUGAAAAGGAGUUUUUCGACUUCUUAGAUAGUGAACUUGAUAAGGUGGAGACAUUCUAUCGCCAAAAGGAAGAUCAGGCCGGCCAACGCCUAGCUGUGCUUCGGGAACAAUUACACGAGAUGCGAAAUCGACGUACGCAAGAAUUAGCUGAGCUGAGACGGCGUAAAGAAAGGGGCGAGGAUGGAAAUAGUCAUGAUAAUAAAGGAGUUUCGUCCGGCACCAAUAAUUCUCUCAGUUGGGUCGAUCCAAUUAAGUCUCGAAUAUUCAAACCCGGAGCCAAUUCAAAGGCAUUUUCAAGAUUACACUUCACCCCAGUGCUUGGUGCGAAGGAUUCAGACUCUCGCAGGGACUAUAUGAAGAGACCAUCUAGUCAUGAGGUACCAUAUCGAACAGCGAAACGAAAGUUAAAAUUAGCGUUACAAGAGUUUUACCGAGGAUUGGAACUCCUGCAGUCUUACGCUCAACUCAACCGGACUGCUUUUCGAAAACUGAACAAGAAGUACGACAAGGCCGUCAAUGCUCGUCCGCCUUAUAGGUAUAUGAAUGAGAAAGUCAACAAGGCAUGGUUCGUGAAUAGCACCAAAGUGGAUGACUGUAUCCAUGCGGUCGAGGACUUGUACGCGAGAUAUUUCGAAAAGGGUAAUCGUAAGAUCGCUUCGGGAAAGCUCCGUCGCUUAAACCGGCGGCCAGGAGAUGAAUCUGCGAUCGCGUUUAGGAAUGGCCUCUUCAUCGGUACCGGAGCUGUAUUUACCCUCCAAGGUCUCGUGUACGGUUCACAACUCUUAUUCGAUCCGGAUCCAGUUCUGCGAGAGCAGACCAGUUACCUCAUGCAGAUAUACGGUGGCUAUUUUCUAAUGCUCUUCUUGAUGUUCCUGUUCUGCCUUGACUGCUUCAUGUGGACAACUAAUAAGAUCAAUUAUCCUUUCAUAUUCGAAUUUGACACGAGGAACAGCCUUGAUUGGAGACAGCUAUCCAGCUUCCCCAGCUUUUUCCUCUUGCUUUUUGGUAUAUUCUUCUGGGUCAACUUUACUAGGUACGGGUCGGAAGAAUUAUAUUUAUACUACCCAGUAAUGUUAAUAGCUAUUACGCUCUUUAUCCUCCUACUUCCGGCACCGAUUUUUUGGCACAAGAGUCGCCAGUGGUUUAUGUAUUCUCACGUAAGUAUCACGUCCCUGGAAACUCAACUCGCGUUAACUAUUUUCUAGUAUCGAUUAUUCUUCGCAGGAUUAUACCCCGUUGAAUUCCGUGACUUCUUCCUGGGUGACAUGUAUUGCUCUCUUACAUACGCUACCGCGGUAAGUGAUGAUAGUCAAUGGUUAGUAACUUAUUGCAGGGGCUAACUAAGAAACCAGAAUGUUGAACUCUUCUUUUGUCUCUACGCACAUCAUUGGAACAACCCCGUCCAAUGCAAUUCGAACAAUUCUCGUCUGUUAGGGUUCUUUUCAGCUCUCCCACCGAUCUGGCGUGCGCU